AUGCCGAGGCUAGACUUUGUAUGUGAUUUGCAAGAGGCUUCAAGCCAAGGGAAAACCUCACACAUGGUGAGUGUGAAGGCUGGUGACGAUGAUGGUGUUAUUUCCUGCACAUUUUCCCCAGAUACCCCAUCUGGGAAGCCAGUGGAAAUUCAGAUCCUCGUUUCCGACCUAUCUUUAUACCCAAAGGAGCACGAUUACUUUGUGUAUACAACAACUGAAGAUGUUCCCCAGGCGGUUACUGACGCGCUGGAGGAGGCCCAAUCUUAUCUUCGCGGCCUGUGCAUCUCUGACAUGCUCUUACAAAUUACCAGCACCCUGGAGAAAGCUUUGUCUGCUGAUUCAGGCAGUGAUGUUGAUAUGCCAGAUGUAGCUGAAGACUCCGAUGAUGAAUAUGGAUGGUCCCCACACUCUCCUAAAAUCACGGUGGAGCAAGCCGAAAACCCGGAUACUGGCAAGUCGACCAGAAAUUUAGACAAUAUCGUCCUUGCCAAAAUGGCAGCGGAUCUUCGCGCGGCCAAAAUGGCUGGCUUCAGAGUGGGAUAUUUGGGAGAUCCAGAGAAUAUAAUUAUCUGCAUUUCGUGCCGGAUCUCAAAGCUUGCAAUAUCUGAGGAAGCUAUGCAAGCUUGGCAUGCCGACCUGUGUGAUUCGUACAAGCCUACCCUCCAGAGUGCGCUUAUGGCAUUCAACCGUUCCUCCUCCAAGACGCCACCUACGAACAAGGGGACAGACAGCCUUUCGCAGGCUGACGAACCGAAUACUCGGAGGGUGACUCGGUCGUUCAUCAGCAAACCACUCAAUGCUCUUUUGAACGAACGUUUUAUUAAGAUCCUACGGUACAGACACACCUUCGGCUUCCCUUGGUCUGGAGCAGAAAUUUUCUUCAAUGAUAUACAGGGAAAGUCUCUCGGACAUGCAGACCCGUCAGAUCCUAAAUAUACUAGAGAAGAGAAGCUAGCUGCUUCAUCGACCGCCCUACCGGAAUUAGUAACCUCUGACCAUCUGGUAGAGAAACUUGGUGAUGGCGCCUCUUUUCCACUGAUUACAAUGCAGUUUGUACUCCGUCAUUUCGUCCGGUGCACUGAGUUUUGUCUUGUAUGUCACUGCAAGACAGAGAACGCGUUCGAGGCUCUGAAGCCAUACGUAUGCUCCAAAAGCCUUUGUUUAUAUCAGUUAAUGGCUCUCGGAUUCGGGCCCAGUUUGGAAUGGGAAAUCAUAUCACAGCCCGAUGUUGUGGAUCUCCUUGUUAACUUCACCUAUGCCAGUGCUAAACUGGGCCGGUUGGAUGACUUCCCCACUGGACUUGGGCUUUUGGUUCCCGCUGUUGAAUGCUAUUCUCGUGAUGUAUCACUCGUGGGCUCCGGACUGAGCUCCAAAACCAGCUUAUCAAGUGGAAGUGUGCACCAAGCCAAAUUUGACCAAUCAAAGUUGGAACUUCUUUUCCCAAGUGGCCGUGGGAAUUGCCCUGUUCUUGCUGGGGAUUGGCUUGUAAUGUGCAGCCGUUUGUGCAAUGGACAGUUCCAUUGUCGGGUGCAGGACAUCUCCUUCUUCCCCACGGUUAAACUGUCUAGCGUCAUCACUCGCCGCGUCUCAGCGUCAGCCGGCUCUAAACCGGGCUCUAAUGACAACCAGCCCAGCACCCCAUUGGGAUACCAUGAUGUCACAUUUUGUAUCUAUAACCUUAACUUCGAUGACAUCGAGACCCCUGAGAAGCAGUCUACCAUUACAAUGCUCCUUGAUACAUUGCCCAGUGUCGAUGCGAUGAGGGAGUUCCUGAUGAAUACCACCAAUAAAGCAGAGCCUAUGCUUACCGAUUGGCGCGGCAGGAUCUCCAAGUCAGCUUUGGAUGUGCUGCGUUGGAUUGUUGCUUCAAACCGUUCAUGCAUCAUCCAAGAUGGUCACACGGCAGAUGGAGCAUAUAGAGAUAGCGAUCGUGUCUCUGGUAUGGAAGGCUACAUGCAGUUUAGGUUCGCGCAGGGGGCGCCUGACAAGGAACAGCGAUUCAUUCAGGCAGUCGAUGCCGCAACCUCAAGACUAAACCUCAAAUACCCGACUAUUUUUGCCUGGCAUGGAAGUCAUAUUUCAAACUGGCACGGCAUCUUACGCGAGGGUUUGCAUUUCCGAGAAACACUUAACGGCCGUGCGUAUGGGGAUGGCGUAUAUAUGAGCUCCUUUUUCAGAACAUCGUCCUCUUACAUGAGAGGCUGUCAAGUAGCAUGGCCACAGAGCCGGUUGAAAAUCCAAUCAGCAAUAUCCCUGAACGAAGUCGUCAAUGCACCCAACGAAUUCGUGAGCAAGUCACCUCAUCUUGUCGUAGCGCAGCUGGACUGGAUACAAACGCGCUAUCUGUUUGUUAGCUGUCAGUCUGUUGAAGUCUGCGCAAAAGAUCCCAUGAAAGAGCAUAUCUCGUCUGCUUGCCAUCUGCAAGACCCUGGAUAUACUGCCCAAGGGCCAAAUGGAAAUCCGAUUCGAAUCCCCUUAACGGCGAUUAGCCAAAAGCGCCGUAUUGGUGGGAGUACCCCUAAGGUCCAGCAAGCAAAUGCUGGGGACAUCAAUGCUACUCCGCUAGCAAUUAAGAGUUCUGCUGAUACGCAACAGCAACCCACGAAGGAAGCACUUCAGAUCUUCGGUGACGGCCGUUCCAUUUUUCGACGUGCCGGAAUAUCAAAAUUCGAUAAAUUUUCCCCAAGUACUUCGGCAAAGACCUCAGAUGCAAGGGAAGACCCAUCCACAUCAGAUGGCUAUAUCAGUGAAGACACUGAUGACGACGAUAUCCUCAUACUACUUGAAAACCCCGAGAACCGGUCCCACAAACAGAGCAACAGCAAUAACAGUAAAGGCAACGACAAAGGUAAAGCUCCAGUCCGCGACACACCCAUCACAGCCACUACCAUCUACCCCUCCGCCCCGAAAACCGACUUCGUCCCCGGCACCCUUAUCGCAGCUAAACUUCCGCUCCUCAACCAACCCAAAACAGCAACACCAUGGAGCACUAAAGCCCUCCUACGCGACUUCAAAACCACCCUUCAAACUCAAGAUACCCACCCCCUCCACGAACUAGGUUGGUAUGUCGACCCGAGCAUAACCAGCACAAUCUACCAAUGGAUCGUUGAACUGCACUCCUUCGACCCUUCGCUCCCGCUCGCCACAGACCUCAAGCAAGCCGGUCUCAAAUCCGUCGUGCUCGAACUCCGCUUCCCAAGCGAAUACCCCAUCUCCCCGCCCUUCGUGCGUGUCAUCCGCCCACGCUUUCUCAGCUUCCUAGCCGGGGGGGGCGGCCAUGUCACCGCCGGUGGCGCCCUGUGCAUGGAACUUCUGACCAAUUCGGGCUGGUCAGCGGCGUCGAGCAUCGAGAGCGUGCUGUUACAGGUGCGCAUGGCGAUUUCGAGCAAGGAGCCACAACCAGCGCGUCUAGUUCGUGGGCAGAGUGUCAGUAAAGGGACUGUGAGGGAUUAUGGGGUUGGGGAGGCGGUGGAGGCGUAUAUCCGGGCGUGUCGGAUGCAUGGGUGGGAGGUGCCGAAGGAUUUCGCGAGGAUGGCGACUGGAGGCGGGGGAGGUGUGAUGUAG